GCCGGGGGAAGCCGUGAGUCGCAGCUGGGAGAACGGCGCGUCGCUGGCGGAGCCGUCUGUCUCUGGGUUCGCCGUUUCGCAGCGAAUGGACCACAGCCGGGGCACAUCCGAGCAGUGCGCGCGUGUGAGGUGGUAGUGUGUCUCCGGAUCCGUAUCCGGUCUGCCUGCUGAGGAGAGCACGGGAUCCCGAGAGUAUGCGCACAGCGAAGCCUGAGUAGACGACGCGGUGCUGCGACUACGACUGCACACGCUGCGCGUUCAUCAAUCCAGGCAGUCACGUCCACACCUCCCCAAUGGCGGCCGUGGUGCAAGCCACUCUCGUGUCGCUGCUGCUUGCCGUCGCGUAUACCAGCGUCCCGCCAGAUGCCACGCCGAGCAGUGCGCAGCUGGCCACUCAGGAGCCGACGCUGAAGCUGCCGACAGCUGCAGGUCCCGGAGUCCAGGAAGUCCCGCGGCUGACAGCGCAGGGGACGAUGCUGAAGCUGCCGACAGCUGCAGGUCCCGGAGUCCAUGAAGGCCCGCGGCUGACCACUCAGGAGCCGACGCUGAAGCUGCCGACAGCUGCAGGUCCCGGAGUCCAGGAAGUCCCGCAGCUGACAGCUCAGGGGACGACCCGGGAGUCAUCGCCGGACCAGGAGCUGACAAACCUGGAGCCAGCGGCAGGUCAGGAGAGUCAAGAGGACCCGCAACGGCCCGAGCACGGGCGUGACGUAAACCAGGAUUCCUCGGAGGAACGCAUCCUGUCGGAUGGUGAGCCAGAGCUGGAGGUCGAUCCGCUUCAUACCGAGCUCGGCGUGCAGAUUUCCGAGAAAGGGAUUGAAGAAACCAGCUGGCCAGAACUCAAUCCUGAAGGCGAUGUUGAAGCAGAUAACCCCCCAGCUGCUCCAGACCGUAUCCCAGAACCGAUUGAUAAGAUACAGGCAAGCCGGGGGCUCACGCCGUCGGGAGAGGCCGGUCUCGAGAUUGGCGACGAGCCUGCGUCGGAGCGCCGGCAGCCAGCGGUGCAGAAGGCCGCUCAAGCUGACCCGGAUGUGACCGAGCUCGACGUACAGGCCCAGCCGGCGUCUCGCCAGGACCACCUCGAGCCCGGCAUCGGCCUGCAGCCCGGCCUGAGAGCUGCUGGGGGUGCCGACGUGGCUGAACGCCGGCUUCAGUCGGCCCCGAGCGUCCCGCAGGAUCACGAGCCGAGGGAGCUGGAGCGGUCCGACCCCGUCUCGCUCGUCAGCCGACCGGUGUCCUUCACGGUUCGAGUCGGGGGCUCGCUCACCCUGCCCUGCCGACGGCGGUCCGCAGACGGCGCGCGCAGUCUGGCGUGGCUGCAUGAGGGCAGGUUCCUGGUGAGCAGCGGGACGCCGGUGUCGCAGGACCUGCGGUACAGCCUGCUGCCCGACGCCGGACUGCGUGUCACGAACGCCGGGCCACAGGACAACGGCACCUUCACCUGCAAAGUGUACGGCGAUGCCGGCCAUUUCCAGGCCUUUGCUCACCGCGUCCAUGUGCUGGGCAAGGCGAGAGAGAACGCACAGCUGGAGGCGCCCCUGGAGGUGGUCACCCGGCCGGGGAGCGGCGUGAGCGUGGUGCAGAGGGGUCACCCAGCGACGCUCGCUUGUCUGGUGACCGGCGACCCCUCAGCGACCGUCGUCUGGACCAAGGAGGAGGGAAGUCUGCCGUACGGGGAGACAGACCUGCACGGGGCCCGUCUGGAGAUCGGCGAGGUGGACCGUUCCCACGGCGGCACGUACGUCUGCACCGCGCGGUCUGCCGACAACAGGACGGCGGUGCACCGGCUCCGCCUCGAGGUCGAAUUCGCCCCGGAGGUCGUCUCCCCUGAGCCGGUGGUCUACUCGGGAGAGGGACGUCACGUGGUGCUCCGCUGUCACGUGUUCGCGCACCCGCCUGCACAGGUGACGUGGCUGAGGGCGAGCGGCCGGCCUCUGGAGCCGGACCGGCACGUGACGACCAGUGACGGCGAGCGGUUCCGCCUGGCCAUGCGCGUGACGACCGGUGACCUGGACACGUACCUAUGCGUCGCCACCAGCCCACUGGGCGUCGGCCAGGCCUCCGUGCAGCUGACGGGGCGUCCGGGACAGGCCGUCGUGACCUCUCCCGCCCAGGGUCAGCGGAGCACGACCUACGGCCUGGCCUGGCGGGUACGGAGCCUCUCGCCCCUGCUCGCCUACAAGCUGCUGUACCGCAAGCACCAGGUCAAGCCGGGAGCGACGGCGAAGUCGCGGCCAGCCGGCGCCUGGCUGGAGGCGGUGAUCCCGCUGGAGCCGCGGCCAGCCGGCGCCGGGGACGUGUACCGGCACCAGUACACCAUCGGCCGGCUGCAGCCGGGCACCUGGUACGAGGCGCUCGUGCUGGCCGGCACGCGGCACGGCUGGGGCGCCCCGGAGUCGGCGUUCCUGUUCCGCACGGCGCCCGACGUCGACACUGAAGCAGCGAAGACACUCCGGAGCAGCCGCCACGAAGCUGGUGGCGCCGGCGGGGAUUCUGCGUCAUCUAUGCGUGCCGGAGCUGCGACCUUCCUGAUCGCCGCCUUGAUGGCCUUGCUAAACAUCUGACAUAACGGGCCCGACCACCGGUGGAGUCGAGAUUGAGCAGGUCUCUUCGGCGUGCUCUCCGGCGCCGUGACAGCAGCAGGCGUGUCCAGACUCCAGUCUCGACUGCGGCAGACGCUCUGCGCUGACAGCCGGUAGCAGUCUCACACUGCGCGGGACGUCCUCGACUCGCCGCUGGGACGUCAGGUGGCGGUACGGCCCGCUUCGCUGCGUCCGCCCGAUUGCUGUGCCAUGCGCGGAUGGAGCGUUAGCCCGGCCCCGCGGUGAGCGGGCGGCGCGC